AUGAGACUCUCUCUAGUUAGCACAGGUGUCCUUUACUUAUGGACCCUUCCUGCAGUUGUCCUUGGAGAUCUUCCUGGUAUUGACACAGAUGCAAGACUUACCAAUCAGAACCUCGUUACUUGUGGACGAGUUGUAGCUGAAGAAGAAGGGAAAUAUCAAGCUCAAAUCAAGGCUAUACUGUUGAAAUCAGCAGCAAACGAAAAUGAUCAUACCCCAAUUCUCAUUGUCCGGUAUUCAGACAUAGUUAAACUUGGGGUCCCACCUGCAACUUUGAUUGGUGAAGGUCGGAAAAAGAGAUACCGUAGCCUUAUUGUAGAUGGAAAGUUUUCUCUUGAAGAGAAGAAUGAGGUAGGUGAAGAUGGAGUUCCUGUAGGAGAAUUACCGCAGCGUGCAGAAUAUAUCACUGAUGUCUUUACUGAAGAGGGUCAAGAAUUGGUCCUUGAUGCAACUACCACAGGUACCUAUUGUGUGUAUAUCGCAUACCCACUGAUUUCUACAAAGAAAGAUUGGAAUCCAAAUAUUUAUGUCCAAUUCAGUAAUUCAUUCGGAAAGGUCACAUAUGGAGACUAUAUUCGUAAACAGGCGCUUCCUUCAUUUUUCACAUUGACCAUUAUCCUUCUUGUUAUCAUGUAUCAAAGAUCUUGGACUCAUUUGGCUGCAAAAUAUUUCUUUUAUCGCCUUUUAUUGUGCUUAAUCAACAACUUGGUUCAAUAUGUAAUCAUUGGGAAUUCUACAAAAGAUGGUUAUAGUAUGUUUUCUAAGGCUAUUACAACUCUUACUUCCAGAAUAGUGGGGCUAAUUCAUGAACAUUUAACAUUAUUAUUUGCUUUGGGAUAUUGCACCAUUUACGGAAACUUCAAAUCAUUUCCCAGAUCAUGGAGAAUCACCACCUUAUGCUCAUUUGUAUUAACCAUUGGUGGAUGUAUUUUCACAGCCCUUGUACCUCCACCUCUGAGAGUUGAGAAUUUGGAUACUACUAAGUUUCAAUUUGCAUUAAAACUUACCAAAUUGAUUACUCUUAUAAUAGCCACUCAACUUCAACAUGCUAUCCCAUUUAUUCUGAUCAUUCUUUGUAUUGUAUUUUAUUUUCAAACAAAGAAUAAAGUUUUGGAGAAAGGUUCAACUUCUUCCACAACCAACAAUUAUAAUAACUGGUUGAUUGUCAAUAUUAGAAAUACGCUUCUUAUCGAGAGAAUUCUCCCUUUGAUUUUGCUUUUAAUUCAAAGCACCACCAAGCCAGCGCAUCCAGGAUUUUCUCCAGGAACUGUAGCCAGGCAUGUCGAGAUAGCUGCAGAAAUGGACGAAUUUUACUUUGCUAGAUAUCUGCAAUUUUCUGAAACGGUUUGGUGUAUUCUUAUUGAACUCGCAGUACCAUUUGUUGGGCUUUUAAUCUGGAGAAGGAAGAAUAAAAAUUUUAAAGUGGUAGCCAAGAAGGCGAUCAAUAAUAUUAAAGUAAAGGUCGGGCCAACCAAGUGUGAGAAGAAGGAGAAUAAUGAUGACACCAAGAUCACAAAAGAGGAAGAGAAAAAAGUAGAGAAUAAGAGGUUGGCUAAAUCCGAGGGCGAGCAUGCCGAGAGAGAUACUACCAUUGAAGUUAAGACGACCACCUAA